AUGGCCUCUCGCCCUUGUCUUGGCUUGCCAGCGUCCCGGACUUGUUCUUGGCUUCGGCCUGCGUCCCGCGGCAUGAUCUCACCAGGCUCGAGGCACUGGGCCGUCUCUGCGCUGCUCGCCUACGCCUCUCUCGUCCCAAAAGCGAGCGCACAGCCAUUUCCGCCGCCGCCGCCGCCGCCGCCACCGUCACUGCCACUGUCGCUGCCGUCACUGCCGUCGCCGCUGUCGCCGCCGUCUCCGCCCUCGUACCCGCUCGCAUACUACACCGUCACCACGACGCCGGGAUCGUACCCUAGAGAGGUGAGCUGGGACCUCCGCUGCGGCGGUGCGGUCGUGCUCUCGUCGGCGCCCUACACCGGCUCAGACUUCCAGACCGAGUACGGCGUCUCCCUCUCGCCCGGCGUCGAGUGCGAGCUCGUCAUGAAGGACUCGUACGGCGACGGCUGGAACGACGCCACUUGGUCGGGCCUCGGGCAGGAGGGCCUCACCUUUGCCUCUGGGUCCGAGGAGAGGAAGUCUUUUGUGGUGCCGUUUGCGCCGCCCUCCCCGCCGCCCUCCCCGCCGGCGCCCCCCCCGCCGCCCUCGCCGUCGACGCCACCGCCCUCACCGCCGUCACCGCCCGCCUCGCCGCCGCCGCCACCUAUCCACUGGGAACCAACAGUCGACCUUCCGGGGUAUCAGUGGCAGACCGAUUGUGCGCUCGGUGCGAUGGUCUCGAGCCCCGGAGGCAGCCACGCUGCCGAGUGCUUUGGCCUAUGGGCCACAUCUACAGGCGGCUGUCAGUGCGAGUAUUCCAAUCUGACCGAGACGCUCGAUACCUUUCAGCAGUAUGGUCGCAUGGGCCUGAAGUAUGAGGGCCCAUGCAACUGCGGCCAUCUCUAUUAUACGCCAGUGGCGAGAAUUCGCUGGCGCUCGUACCUCACCGGAGAGUACACGUGUACGAGGGCAGUAUGGGACCCGACUGUGGAGACCUGGGGACACUGGCUGAUGCCGCUGCCCGCGAGGCCGGUGCUGCCCGGCUUCAUCUGCUGCGUGCGUGCGCAGAAUGAUGUUUGCGGUCUGCGCGUCCGUCUGGUGGAAGAGUUCGGUGCCAGCCUGCUCGACGGUGAGGUAGGCACCCAUAUUUUCGUCUUUUUUCGCUUCGAGCCUUGCGAACCGCCGGGGACCUUCGGCGCCCAGUCUCCGCCUUUCCACGCAAUGUGGGUCCACAUCCGCGUCCCCGGCCCGGGCGGCGUGUGGGAGGGAGCGAGCUACGAGGUUGACAAGACGCUGCCCGUGAUUGGCUUCAAGGCGCUCGUGGCGGACUGCCAUGCGGCCGUGAGUAACAUGGACGACCUGAGGCUGCUCUUCAAGGGGCGCGCGCUUGGCGACGGCGGAUCCUUGGAGGAGGCGGGCGUCGAGGAUGGCGCCACCCUCCACUGCACGCUCGCCUCGCGCCCGGGCGGCGCUGCCGCUCUGCCGGCUGCGGCACAGACGCUCGGGCCGCCGCCGCCGAGCGCCGAGUCGGCGCUUCUGAACAACCCGCUCGUCUCGUCGAUGCUCGAGUCGCCGGAGGCGCUGCAGAUGCUGCAGGGACAGAUGAUGAACAACCCGCAGAUGCGCAGCAUGCUCGAGGCGAACCCAGAGAUGGCGCACGUGCUCAACGACCCCGCGACGCUCCGCCAGUCGCUGCAGACCGCGCGGAACCCGCAGCUGAUGCGCGAGCAGAUGCGCUCCACAGACCGGGCCCUCUCCAACCUGGAGGCGCACCCGGACGGAUUCAACGCCCUCCGCCGGAUGUACUCGACGGUGCAGCAGCCGCUGUACGAGUCCAUGGCGGGCGGCGGCGCGGAGGGCGACGAGGGGAGCGGCGGCGGCAGCAGCAGCAGCAGCAGCAGCGGCGCACCGGGCGCCAUCAACACCACCCCGCUGCCCAACCCGUUCGGAGGGAUGAACGAGGCCCUCGAGGCGGCGCGGCGGGAGGAGGAGGAGAGGCGACGGCCCGCCGGACAGUGA